CAAAAAAAUAAAUAAAUAAGUCUCUCUUUCUCACUAAGUUUCUCAUUUGGGAGGACUGUUUCUUUCACUUUAUAAUAAGAUCUGUAUCUCUCUGAGAGAGAGAGAGAGAGAGAUGGAGCUCACACAACAUGGUUUCUUGGAGGAGUUGCUGGCUCCAAGAAGAGACACUUGGAGUGCUUUUUCUAAUGGAGUGAACGAGUUGUUCCCUAAUGGGUGGAACUUCGAUGCCUUAGAAGAGAACCCAGUUUUGGCUACUCCAACAGCUCCUCCAUUUCUAGGAUUCUCCACACCAACAGGACCCAGCUUUGAAUGUCCUUUUAGUGACCAAGCUUACCCUUUUCUUGAUGGAUUCACAGAGAUUGAUUCAUCAUACACAAAGAAUGAAAAACCACUCCCAUUUCUAUCCCAAGAAGAUUAUCCAUCGAUGGUGGAGGAUGAAGAGCUUGGUUUUCUUGGCUGUGAAAAUCUCAGUUUGCAAGACAGGAAUAGUUCUGGCUGCAAAGUUGAGAUGGAAGUCAUGGAACAAGCUGCUGAUAUUCCAGGUUUCAACAUGGGUUUCUGUGGAGAGAAAAAGAGUAAGUCUAAGAAGUUAGAAGGGCAGCCCUCAAAGAAUCUAAUGGCAGAAAGAAGAAGAAGGAAGCGCUUAAAUGACCGCCUUUCUAUGCUCAGAUCAAUAGUUCCUAAGAUAAGCAAGAUGGACAGAACAUCUAUACUCGGAGACACCAUAGAUUACAUGAAAGAGCUCCUGGAAAGAAUCAAUAAAUUGCAAGAAGAAGAAACGGAAGAGUCUAAAAAUCAGCUUAACUUAAUGGCCAUCUCCAAGGAGCUAAAGCCAAAUGAAGUAUUGGUGAGAAAUUCCCCAAAGUUUGAUGUGGAGAGGAAAGACAUGGAUACCCGGAUUGGUAUAUGCUGUGCAGCUAAGCCAGGAUUGUUGCUAUCAACAGUGCACACCAUUGAAGCACUAGGCCUUGAGAUUCAACAAUGUGUUAUAAGCUGCUUCAAUGAUUUUUCAAUGCAUGCUUCUUGUUCUGAGGGAGCUGAGCAGCAAACAUUUGUGAGUUCUGAAGACAUAAAGCAAGCAUUGUUUAGAAACGCAGGUUAUGGAGGAAGAUGUCUGUAGAAGAAAAGGAUGAAAAAGGAUUCUGGAUACAAGGCUUGAAGAGAUGGGCUUUUAAAGUUGUUCUUCUUCAAGGAAUUUUACAAGUGAGAAGUUGUCAUAAUAAUGUCUUCUAAAUAAAGUGUCACUCAUUUAUCUGGUCCAUCGAUCUCAAAGCAAUUAUGUAUUGUCUACUAGAAUAUUUUUUUUUCCAAGGAUCAUUUUGGUCCCUCUCUAACUCAGAAUUCUAUCAAUAAAUCAAUAACAAAAUAGUUUUGUUGAAAAUAUUUUUAAUGGAA